GAGGAGGAGAGGGGAAGAAAGAAGACAGAGGAGAGGAUCGAGGUGGAGAGGAGUGAAAGGGAGGAAAAGGGGAGCAGAGGGGGUGUGUGGACCAAAGAGAGAGAAGACAGAAAAAGAAAAAGCUAGUGGAGGAUGUCUAUUUAAAGGGAUCGGAGACCGCACGGGUCUGCUGUUCUGCUAUUCCUGACUGACAGCAUCAUCGAAUUUGGACCAGAUUCUGUCCCCUCCCCCUUUUCUUUCAGUGCUUGUUGCAAGGUGUGAAGUGGAGGGCCUCCGAAACACAGACCAAGACUGGCUGCAUGUAUCACCCAGCAGAGCUGUACUCUGGCCGUAACACAUGGGACUCCUAUCCAGCUGGAGGACCUAACAGAGGACAAUGGGCUCCUGUAAAUGGUCACCCCUGGAGCCACACAGAAAGAUGCCAAGGAGGGCGCAAUCAAUCACAUCAUCCACCAUCAAAUCGUCUUUAUAAUAGGGGGGAGAGAACAGUCAACCAUGUCCAGGAUAAGGGGAUCUCUAAGGGGCACAGACAGCCUCUACGUCUCUGGGAUAGUAAAGAGCAGCCGUUUGAGGCCCAGAACUGGCACCACAACUCCACACGCUCAUUCCACAACCGAGCUGGCACCAACAACGGCUAUCUAACAGGACCAGGGGAGCGCUAUGGAAACUGGGACAACAAUGUCAGCAGCUCUGUGCGUGGGGGUCUACGACUGCAUCGCAACAACAGAGACCUCCAGUCCCCGCCGGAGAGAUGGGCCCCCUCAGACUACCGCAGGAGCUUUCCUAACAGAAUGAUAAACAACAGACAAGGGGCCUGGAAACGGUCAGCCCUCCACCAGCGGCGGGACCAACUGCACCAGCACAGUCCACCUCCACCCCCUAGGGAAGAGUGUCUAGCCAAGAGAAGAAGAGACUCUGGCCCUGAUCAGUCAUCUCAUCCUGGAUCAAGGCAUUUACCUUUACUUGCCCACGCCCAAUCACCACCUCGCCACCACCGCUGCAACCAAGACGACUGGAAGCCUCUUAAUGACAGGGCGGGUCAUUGCCACCACUCUGACCACAGGACCUCAACAACACAGCAACAGGAGACCUCUAAACUGCGAGCUGGAGGACAUGGCUUCAGUAACAGUCACCUAGCGGCUCUAAACCAGAGUUGUGGCAGCAGACCGCAGCAUCAUGGAAGCAGGGGGAAGGUCGACCGGAAAAUCUCGUCUUCACCAGCAGACCACAACCGUGUGCCUUACAGCCACCAAAACCAUCAUUACCACAAUCAACGGCACACAGGCCAUCCUAGGGCCCUACAGCACAACCUUCCGCUACACUCUCAUGAGGAAAAGGACUCAUGGAGCCAUCACCACAAACAAAGCACAGAACCUCAGCGCACUCAUCAAAGGGACACUUCAAGAGAUCAAGCCCACUCCAAGUCAUCUGGUGCAGACUCUCCUCCCUACUCGUCCCUCCUCUGCAGUCCUAAAGAUGGAGGUUCUACUGCCAGCAGUCCACGUGCUCCUUCCAGUCCCUCUUCAUACACAGCAGCCAGUGGCAGAAAAGAUCCAUCAAUCAUUCAUCAGUGCAGCCCUGGCCUCAGUGGACAGCAGAAACUCCAGGGAAGCCCUAAUCACACCCCAAGGCCUUCGUCUCUCACAUCUCACGCUGGUUCAAAAUCAAGGUUUUCGGAUAUCAAAUAUAGAAAGAUCUCACAGCCCCUCUGCUCACGACAGUCUCCCCACAGCAGGUCAAGAGUAAACAAGCCUGAGAAGGAAAUGGAGGAACACAAAAAAACUGAUAAGGUGGUGAAAAAGGAGAGAGAGAGAAAGGGAGAAGUUCAGAAGGCAAACAGAAAGGGUGAUGAGAGAAAGAGGCGGAAGAAAAAAGAGGAAAAAAAGUUGGCCGAGAAGAAAAAGAAGAGGGAUAAAGCAGCAAAGAGGGAAAGGAAGUUAGGUUUGAAAAAAAGAGUAACUGAAAAUGAACCAUUUACUUCCAUCCCUACUUUGAACUCUCCAGGAGAAGCCAGAAUGAGUACAACUCUAUUUGCAGAGAAUCAAGACCAGUCACCACACAAACACAAGCACAGAGACAGGGGCGAACGAGUGGAGAGGACACACAGGCCAUCCACAAACACUCCUCGUCCCGGCUGCUCGUCACUGCAGCCAUCCUCGAAAUCUGAAAAUCACAAAAUGCCCAAGAAGAACAGCAGUCCUUCCAGACUUCCCGUCAGGGAAGAGCUAGUACAGUCUCUUGCCAGUAACACCAGCCCUCACCAGACCAGCAGAAGGCCCACCAUCGUGUCAUCCCAAUCAGAUGAUCAUCCAAAAGCCAAGCCCAAUGACACACUCCCCUCUGUUUUAUUUAAAGCCUUAGCCCCUCUCAGUAGAGCAUGUUCUAUUAGCUUACAGCAGCCCAUCUAUAGCAAAGAAGGAGGGCAGGGAGGGAUUCUCAAUGCCCCAGAUCUACAGCCUGUGGCUGUGAUGGGAAAUUUGAGAGAAAUGGGAGACAACCUUGCAAAUACUCCUCCUGUUCUCAGCUGGCAGGGCUCUCCAGUAUCAUCUGUGGGAGAAGAUGAAGAGGAGCUAGAAAAAGGAGUGAUAAGUAGACCUGUCCUCCAGCCGAGCCCCACCCAGUGCUUUUCUCCUCCUCCUGUCGACAGAGAGAGCAUUGAUGAUAUGAAAAAGGAGCCUUGUGAAGGCGCACUGGCUGAUUAUUCACACAAUGGUGCAUCUGAACUCUGCAAUCUGCCUCUUGCAACAGAACAAGUUAUGGAGGAAGAAAAGGAAGAAGAGUUGGAAAGCAAUGGAAAAACUGGCUCUCCUCUCCGAGAGCUUCGCCACCAUAAAACCGGUUUGGACGACGUCUUCAAGAGCCUUGCCACCUUUCUUGGGGGCCAAAGGAUCACAUGUCGAGGCGGUCCAUUUGGGGGGCCUCCUGCUGGCACCACCAGAGGAGUAAAGUACUCUUCUUCUCUUGAAUUGGGGCCAGAAAUUCAUGAGCAUCAGGAUUUCUCUCCCAAAUCAGACCCUGCAGCAUCCUCCAAACCCAGUAAUCAGUCAUCACCUCACACUACCUCAGACACACUUUUGACAUCCCCCAGUCCAACUCAUCUGAAGGAGCCUGUCACAGACACCCUGGCACAGGAGAAGCCUGACGAAGUUGAGAACGACAUGAAAGAGAACCCAGUGGGUAAGAAUAUGGAGAUUCUUCCUGAGAGGACAGAAUCACCAUUUUUGGAUGGGUCACUGAGUGCAAAGCUGAGAGUGACCGCAACACAUACAGCCACUUUCACCAGCCUCAUUACUGUCUCUACCAAGGAGGAGAGAGGACACAGUGAAGAGACAGCAAGCAUACAGACAGACAGAAAGAGAAAACAAAAAGCUAAGGAUGGAGGGAGAGAGGGAGAGAUCAAAAUUAAGAUAAGGGCAGAAAAAGGCAGUGUCAUCUGUUCUAAAAACAAAGGGGAUUUGGAAGAAAGGGAUGUUUCAUCCUCAGUGCACGUCAUCUCCAGGAAGUCACCCAAACCUUUCAACGAUAGUACGAAGGGCCAGAUUCCUCAGGGAAAUCAAACCCCACGUGGCAAACACAUCCUUAAAGAAACUGCGGAUCUAGGGAAUGCUGAGGUAAAGAUAACAAUGGAGAAGAAGGAAGAUGUCAGUGAAUUAGAACAUAAGAUAUCCUCAGCAGCCGGAAACACAAAUUCCAAGACCUCAAGCUCAGCGCCCACUGUAACAAUCAAUACAUCCAAGUUAUGUGUGUCUACACAAGCAAGUAAGCCUCCCUGCUCAUCACCCCCAGUUGAUCCGCUGAAACUGAAAGCAUUGUCCAUGGGCUUGUCUAAGGAACUGAAGAUCCUUUUGAUUAAAGUGGAGAGUGCUGGAAGACAAACAUUCAACAUAUCAGAGGUGGAGGAGCAAAGAAUCCCUCUAUCCAAGAUCAGUAUCGACAACACAGGCGCUCAAGUGGUCAGAUCUUGCAAGGGGACGAGGGUGAAGGGGAAAUUCAAGGAGUCGUUCCUGCUGCCUGCCUUCUCUGUUAAACCGAACAUUGCCACAGAGAUCCCAAUUCCUCGAGAGAGGCUUAACCCUCCUACGCCAAGCAUCUACUUGGAAAGCAAGAGGGACGCCUUCUCUCCAGUUCUACUUCAGUUCUGCACUGAUCCCAAAAAUGCAGUUACUGUCAUCAGAGGCCUUGCUGGCUCCCUUCGUCUGAACCUUGGCCUGUUUUCCACCAAAUCCCUGGUGGAAGCCAAUGCAGAGCAUGCAGUGGAAGUGAGGACUCAGGUUCAGCAGCCCGCUGAUGAGAACUGGGAUCCCAGUGGUUCGGCACAGACAUGGCCCUGCGAGAGCAGCCGCUCACACACCACCAUUGCCAAAUACGCCCAGUACCAGGCCUCCAGCUUCCAGGAGAGUCUACAGGAGGAGAAGGAGAGCGAGAAUGAAGAGGAAGGAGAGCACCCCAAGUCUUCAGACACAUCAGCCGCCACAAAAGCUGCUCUGGCAUUAUCCGGUAAAGGCAGUCCUGCCUCGAUUAAAGCCAAUCCUGCUACCAACUUCAGCAAAGGCCAACCUUUUCAUGCCAACAGCUCAGAGCAGAAAUCAUGCGGGAAGAUCAUUAAAUUUGGGACCAAUAUUGAUCUCUCCGACCCUAAAAGGUGGAAGCCCCAGCUGCAAGAGCUGCUGAAGCUGCCAGCUUUCAUGCGAGUGGAAUCCAGCAACAACAUGCUUAGUCACGUCGGUCACACCAUCCUGGGCAUGAACACCGUCCAGCUCUACAUGAAGGUGCCAGGCAGCCGCACGCCAGGUCAUCAAGAGAACAACAAUUUCUGCUCAGUCAACAUCAAUAUCGGGCCUGGUGACUGUGAGUGGUUCGCUGUCCAUGAGCACUACUGGGGGGCUAUCAACACCUUUUGUGAGAAGCAUGGAGUUGACUACCUUACAGGGUCCUGGUGGCCGGUCCUGGAAGACCUGUACAGCUCCAACAUUCCUGUGUACCGCUUCAUUCAGAGGCCGGGAGAUCUGGUGUGGAUUAAUGCGGGGACUGUGCACUGGGUCCAGGCGGUGGGCUGGUGCAACAACAUCGCCUGGAAUGUAGGACCACUCAACUCGUACCAAUAUCAACUCGCCCUGGAGCGCUAUGAGUGGAACGAGGUGAAGAAAGUUAAGUCAAUAGUUCCCAUGAUCCAUGUUUCCUGGAAUGUGGCUCGCACCAUCAAGAUCACUGACCAGGAUACCUACAAGAUGAUCAAACACUGCCUGAUGCAGUCCAUCAAGCACAUCCAGAUUCUGAGAGACCAGCUGGUGGCUGCAGGGAAGAAGAUCUGUUACCAGAGUCGUGUGAAGGACGAGCCAGCCUAUUACUGCAACGAGUGUGACGUGGAGGUGUUUGACCUGCUGUUUGUGACCAGUGAGAACAGCAGUAAGAAGUGCUACGUGGUGCACUGUGAGGACUGUGCCCGAGCUAAGAACCCAACACUGGUUGGAGUAGUGGUGCUGGAACAGUAUCGGAUGGAGGAGCUGAUGAGAACGUACGACACCUUCACACUGGCUCCAUCACCCUUUUCAAAGUGAGGACUCGUCCCUGGUGUCUUUCAGCCAUAACCAAAACUCUAAUGGCAGCACAAAUGUUGUCUUCAAGGCAAUCUAUUCCUGCAAACACUCUCUGAAUCAGCCAAUCACGUUUACUCAGUAUUGUUUACAUCACACAAUAAGGUAUGGAUACUCAGCCAAUCCAACUAUAGCUCACUGUCUUCCCCAUACCAGCUGCUGAUUGGACGUGUGUUUUGAAAUAGAAUGACUAGACUGGUACUUCACACGAAAAGCAUUUCAGACAUGUACAAAAAAAAAUGUGAGCACUGCUAGCACUGAAAAUCAGGUUAUAUGUUCAACGGACACUGCUGUGAUUCAAAAGCGUCAAGUAGCCGGUUCUGUGUGUAAAUUCAGGUACUUUUAUGCAAAUUCAGUAGAACUUUUUUACACCAAUCUAGUUAUUCUAUAUGUCCAUGAAUUUGCUGUGAUUCUGUUGUACCAGCAGGGGAAUCGCUUCACAGGAGAAGUAGCUGAUUGUCACAUUUGGCAUCGUAUUGGUUCCUGUUUUUUUUUUUUUUUGGUAUUCAGGUAAACUCUGACAUUUGUAAUUCCUGUCUGUAUACUCUCUGAGGUGCUAUUCCAAUCUAAUUUAUUCUCGUUCGAUACUUAAAGAAAGUUUUACCAGCCUAGAAGUACACCACAUUGGCCUUGCAAACUGUAUUUAGAGGAGAGGUAAUUAGAGGAUUAAACACACAAAUAAGGAUUUAUGUAUGUAUUAAAAAACAAAUCAAAAACUUUUAUCAGUUUCUCUAAAAUACGGGUUUACUAGAGGACUAAUAUGGUUUCAUUCUUUGUUGGAAAUCAACUAUGUAGAUGAAUAAUUAGAUUUUUUUGUUUUUUCACAAGUCCAGCUAAAUAGUCGUCGGUGUGGUUUCUAUGAUACGCACGGAAAACAGACAUAAUGUCGUUUUUAUUUUUGGAAUGGGAGAACAAUCCCAGUUUUAUACCUCUUUUGUUGCUAUGUUCUUGUUUCUAGAUGACAGAGAAAAUAAAUAACUGUAAAUUGUGAAUGAAUUUAUAGAAAUACACAGUGGUGUGCGUAGACGGGGUACAGAGGGGCCGAAGUUACCAUUUAAUGUUAUUGUUAAUGAGGUGCCAAUUACAGUCUGUAAAACGUAAUAUGUCCAAAGAGACACACAAUCAUAAUCUUUUAAUGCAAAAGCCAAUGAGGCCAAAUAGAUAAUCAGACUGAAUGGCACCUCAGUGUUUUCAUUUUGCCCCAAACAUCCAUCCUGAUGAGCAGUGGCGCCCCCAAGGGGGGGAGUGGGGGGGGCUUUGGCCUCCACUGGCAAAUACAAUGGGAGGCCGACAUUACUGUCUGAGGCACUCUGAUUUUUAUGCUAGUGUGACAGUAAUGGUAUCUUGUGAAACUAGACAACCUAAGGCAUCCAUUGAUACCAACCAUGUCAGCAUAGUUUGUCGAGAAGAAGGGUAAAUAAUGCUCGAGAUUUAGGCUAGAUUUUGGCCAAGGAACAACUGGCAUGGCCAUUUUUGAAAUGGGUCCCUUGAACUGUCAACUUCAGAUCUAAAUGAAAAUGGGUUAUUGGGUACUGGAAAAAGUAAUAUUAUUACUGCCCAACACUGACUUUGACAUUGUUUUCAAAUUGAGUAUAUACUUCAACAGCAUAACAUACCUGAAUACCUGAAAUUCAAUUUUGGAUUUUGGUUUUGGUUUGCCACCUCAAGAUUUUCAAUGGCCCCAUAUGGCCACCCGUAGAAAAAAAUUCUGGGGACGCCACUGCUGAUGAGGCACCAUGCACUGCAAGAGGGGUUUAAUAUACUGUAUUUCUAAUUUACCUUGCUAAAGAGCACAUGAAUUGAGUCAUGACAAGAGAAGUUUUUAUUUUUAUUUUCCCAACAUUUAGACAGUCCUUCACAAUAAAGGGUCUCAUUUCGCUAAGGCUACACGACCUUUGGCUUCAUAUGUUAAAACUUUACUUCCUACGUAACAUUUGAUUAUCACUUACUGCAGCGGACUGUAUUCACAUGCAGUGAGUUGGUUGGGCCUAUCCUCUAUCAUUUGAAUAGAGGUUCAGCAUUACCGCUGUAUAAUCAAAUAAUUAAACUUUCCACAAAUGACGACUAUCCACUUUCAGCCCCACCCUCUGUGCACACCAUUUACUGUACAUAAUGUAUCUGUUUUCAGGUUUACUAGGACAGUUGCGUAGUUUUGUUCUCAAUCAAAAAUCUAAUUUGUAUAUGGUCAGAUUUGUCCACCUCAGUCAUUUGUUUUCGUUGUUGCUGUAUUAUAAUACACCCUAAAAAAUAUCCUGUUUCACUCUAGUUUAAAUUACUGCAAUGGGAACUUCUUCCCACUUUUAUACCUCUUUUUGUUGUCAGUUUCUGUUUUUUGGAUUACAGAGAAAAUGGAAAAUUGUAAAUUGUGACAUUAUUUAUACUGUACAUGGUUGUUUUCUUAUAUAUUUAUUGCAUAUCAAAGGGUACUUCACUUGAUAAGGGGCUACAAGGUAUUUUAAAAAUGUAGUUUGGUCAUAAUAUGUGGAUAGGGGAAGUGCAAUCAGGGGGCAGUUUAAUUUUCAUGGUGCUAGACCCCUCCUUGCCUCAGUGCCCCCUCAUUAAACAGCAUAUAAUGAUGUAUGAACAUACAGUAUGUCAGUGAUACAACUCAAACCAACCAGUUGGUGCUUAGAACCAUUUCAACACAGUUUGCUGGUAACAGAAAUGGAAUGAUGUCUUUGUACUGUAUCUAACAGAUCUUACAGGAUCUUUUAAAAACGUUUUUUCCAUUGUAUGAAAUUCAUAAUCUUGUGAGGCAUUAGUGGUUUUAUGAUGAGCAUUAGCAGUAGUUGUAAUUCUUGACACUUUUGCAGAGACUUUUAGGGAUGUGACUUUUAAUGACGUCGAGGUUUCGGUUUUUUUGUGUGUGUGUCUUGUCCUCAUUAUUGGUAUUAUUUGAAGGAAGUAAUGAUGCUCUUUUUACUCUUGACUUGUUUGAUUUAUGCUGCACUUAUUGUUUUCAAAAAGAACUCACAUAGAAGAAAACCUGAGCCAGACCUGUCUUAAAUCCCUCUGUGAUUUUUCUGUGAUAUAUUGUAUUGUUGUUCGAGAAAAUAAAAUGUUUUGAUAAAUUAUUCAA